CUCGAGUCUUGACUGUUAGUGUUGAAGUGAAACUGCAGAACCCCCUCCCUUUUAUUAGUCCACACGCAUUGUCUGCUAGCUUCCACUUGAAGCCCUAGAGACGAUGGCUCGCGUUUUCUUUGUGGGUGCGAUGAGAAACUAAAAUCAAUAUGUAGAUCUAGAGAUCCUUUAUCUUAAUUACCUUCGCUACUCCACUGUACGGUUUAAAAUUAGUAACAGCAGAUCGCCAGAUCCUGAUUAGAUUCUUAUUUCUAUCAAAUCUCGAAGAUAGAGAAUGCAGUGAUGAUGAGUGAUGUAAACUAGACUAACGUCAUCUUGUCAAAGACUUGUCUAGCUCACCUUACUGGGCUUACUUACCUUUCGCCUUGCCAUUCCAUCCAUAGGCAACGUAAGAGUUAGAGAGCUCUAUUAAAUUGAUUAUUAUAAUUCUAGAUCUGACUAUAUCCAGUAUAUCUAGUGUACAGUUAUUAAUAAUAGAUUAACUUCUUUAGACCUUUGGCCGUUGGUGCUUAGCGAACCAAAAUGGAACAUUUACAGGAGAUUGAAAGUUCAGAAAGAAAAGGAUACAUUAUUUACAGAAGAGUGAAAGGAGUCAUUCAACUUUUGAAGAUUGUGAUUAAAAAAUUCAGAUUUUGAAUAGCCCUUUUGAGUUUGAAAUCUAAACAAGGCCAACAGCUUAAACACAUUUUUGGUGUUUCCCCUUACUUACUUACUUAGACUUAGGUCCUCCUGCGCCGUUCGGCGCAUUUGGUGGCAACCUGUCUCCACAAAGAUCUGGCAAUGUCUGAAGCCUCCUCCCACCUGGUGUCCACUGUUCUGAGGUCCUUCAUGAAGGUGUGGUGCCAAGAAAUGCUAAGAAGGAGAAUUGAAAAAUCUGGUUCUCAUGAAACUCACAUAAAAAAUCAAGAGAGAGAUAAAGCUGCCAACUCAGGAUGCCAUAAAAGUGAAUCUCGUGACAUCAAACAUGACAGCAGGUCCAUUAUAGUGUAUGGCUUUCAACUUUGGGAACAACUUGUAGGACUUCUCUGCCAGCCAUCUGACUCAGCCUGUCUAGGGAUUGUACGAAUCAUAUUUGGAUUUCUCAUGGUGAUAGAUACCCUGAUGGAACGUGGAAUGAGUUUAGCUGAUGGUAUUUGGGGCAAUGUAGAUACCUGCAGGUUUCCCUUGUUCUCAUUUUUACAACCACUGCCUUUGGAAUGGAUGUGCUUGGUUUACAUGGCCAUGUUAGUAGGUGCUGUGGGUAUUCUGAUUGGGUUCAAAUUUCGAUACAGUUGCAGCAUCUAUUUAGUUUGCUAUUGGUAUAUUUUUUUCCUGGAAAAAACUGCUUGGAACAACCAUUCAUAUUUAUUUGGGAUAAUUGCUUUUCACUUUUUCAUGUCGGAUGCAAAUCGGUAUUGUUCACUAGAUGGACUGCUGAAACCUUCUAUUAAUAAUGCUCACAUUCCUUACUGGAACUACUUCCUAAUGCAGGCUCAGAUAUUUCUGGUUUACUUCAUUGCUGGAUUAAAGAAACUUGACCAUGACUGGGUCUUUGGCUAUUCAAUGAGGUCACUGUCAGUUCACUGGGUUUUCAUGCCUUUCAAAUUAUUUCUGAGUGAUGAAAAGAUUGAUCUGAUUAUAGUUCAUCUUGGAGGUUUAUUCAUUGAUCUCUUUGUUGGCUUCCUGCUCUUCAUCAACAAGACCAAGUCUCUAGGUUUAUUGAUUUCUACUUCAUUUCAUUUCAUGAACUCUCAGAUCUUUCCCAUUGGGAUGUUUCCUUAUGUCAUGCUGACCACCAAUCUUCUGUUUUGCUCACCAAGUUGGCCUAGAAAGCUGUCACGGUACAUUCCUAACUGUUUCAGCAUAUUUCUAAGAUAUGAGCAAGAGCUCCAGCCAAGUUCACAUUGUGUUUAUCAAGAUCACUCGACAGAAUCAAACGUGAGAACUCCUACUGGCAAAGAUUUGAAAGAACAUUCUGAAAUGACACCGCCAACAAAGCCAAGUUUUCUUCAUCAAGCAGUCUCUGUGUUUACGAUUCUGUUCCUUGCCUUACAGUGUUUCCUUCCAUACUCCCAUGGCAUUACAAAGGGUUACAAUAAUUGGACCAAUGGCUUGUAUGGCUAUUCAUGGGAUAUGAUGGUGCAUCGUUGGAAAAUACAGCAUGUCCGCAUAUCUUACCAUAAUAAAGAUACUGGUGACACUGGAUAUUUAGAUCCUAUGGUGUGGAGUUAUAACAACAGAAGGUGGGCAACCCAUGGAGACAUGAUCAAACAGUAUGCUGUGUGCAUUGCUAGAAAUCUUCAGAAAUUCAAUGUUAGCAAUGUGGAGCUUUACUUUGACAUUUGGCAAUCGUUGAAUGGGAGAUUUCAGCAAAGGAUGGUUAAUCCAAAUGUGGACAUAUUAACUGCAGAGUGGAGUCCCUUUGAAACACCAUCUUAUAUAAUGCCAUUGAUUGUUGAUUUGUCAAACUGGAGAGAGAAACUGGAUCAGAUGGAGGCAGCUUUGAUCAAUGACAACAACAAGAAUACAAAUGUGAUUUUCAUGGCAGAUUUCCCAGGCUUGAUGUUAGAGAACUAUGUCCAGCCAGACUUUAGCAACACAACAUUAACAGUUCUCAAGGGGAGAGUAAUUGUGGAGCUGGAAGACUUCAACAUAACUGUGAAAACAAAUGAAUCUCUUCAGAUUCCAGCCGAUGUAUUUCAUAAAGUUUACACAGUCUCUGAGACACCAUCUUGUUUCAUGUACUUGUUUGUCAACACCACUCAAGCCAAUCUGAAUUACUCAGAUGGCUCUGUUGAAGAAAGAAGCAGUCCAGAAAUGGACCUUGAUGGUGAUGACAAAGAGGAAACCAGCCAGACCAGUGUACCAAUCUUAGGCGGAAGUGUGAAACACUUCUUUAAGAAAAUAUCUGUUAACUUGCACAGAAGCUUACAACUUGGGCUUGGUGCUCUGUGGUGCAUUGCUACUAGGAGUUCUUUCAAUGAGUUUCUCAAUAGCACUUAUAAAUCAGAAACAACUAAGUGACAUUGCCAUGAACAUAAGGAUGAUAGUAAAAUUGUUGGAUGAAGAUAUUAAAAGAAAUAGAAAAAUAUUUAUUAUAUGAUGAAAUUUAAUCAAAGGAAAACCGUAUUAUAUUUUUGAAUUAAAUAAAUUUAACUUAUUCAAUUUUACAACAA